AUGCCUCCCAAGCGUCGUCGAUCUAGCGCCGGCGACCUUGCAAUUCUUCCAGACUCCAAAAGAACCCGCAUACGAAAUCUAAAUCCCCUCGACCAUGUCUCCGACCUCUCUGACGAACUCCUCAUCCGUAUCCUCCACCAUCUCCCUAUCCAGUCACUCAUCCGAUGUCAACGGCUGUCUCACCGCUUCUACACCCUCGCAGGGGAUUCGCAAAUAUGGAAAUCACUCUAUUAUCACCGCUUUGUUCUUCCCCGAGCGCUGCGCAUCCCGGGGGUAAAAUCCGCGCCUCCUUCAGACGAAGCAUUGCAUUUCUCCUCCAGGAGAAGUAAAUGGCUUGAUGAGAAUACACUGGUAAACCGCGCAGAUGGGAAGAAGACAGAUUGGAAGCGCCAGUAUAAACUGAGGCAUAAUUGGUCGAUCGGCGCUUGCGGUAUCCAGGAGAUCCAUGUCGCGGAUGGGCCGAGCAUGCCAAGCAUGCUUGUUAAGUUGGCGGAGAGCUGCGUUGUUACGGUUGAUAAAGAGGACGGAUUAAGAGCUUGGGAUUUGAAGGAGAGGAUCUUGGUUGCUCGGCGUGAGUUAGAGGAGGGUGAUAUCUCGACUUGUGUGGCUGUUGAUGAGGAGGGAGGCGGUCGUGGCGGUUUGGGGAUUGCGGUGGGAUUUAUGGAUGGGAGCUGGGGAACUUGGAAGCUGGAUGUUGAAGGGAGAUCGUUCAUCCCGGGCUACAGGCAUCCGCCGUCGAGUAAUGGGAUGCUCAGUGCAAUUGCUUUUGCGAAUCCGUACAUUCUUACCAUUACCGAUUCGCAGCUCCUGUCGCUUUACAACUUCCAGCCAGCAUCUGGGAUGCAAAAAGAGGUUGAAGGAACGACGAUUGAAAUCGAUCCGGAGGCAGCCAGAAACCUUCCAAACGCCCAAGAUUCCUCAAAAGCAGCACCUCCACCGUUAGGAACAAUUGAAGACACCUCACCGCACCUCCUCGCCUCUCUCAAAUCCCACACCUCCUGGCCGCCCCUCUCUCUCUCAAUUCGCACGACUCCGACAACAUUGAUAGCAAGCAUAGCCUACUCACUCCCAACCUACUACACAGGCUACACAAUCGGUCUGCAAGAACUCCACCUCUCCCGCACAACAGGGACCAUGACAUUCUCUCGCCUGGCAUCCGCAUUACCACAAGGGUUUUCUUCUCUUCUAACACCAGCAGCUUCACCCUCGCCUUCGCCCCCCACACAUCCAGGCGUAGUAGGGGUUAUAGGAAGCACAACAAGCCGUCCUACAACGCUCUCCUACUCACAUCCAUACAUCCUCGCCACACACCCAGAUAACACCCUAACACUCUACCUCUGUACCUCCACCUCCUCAGCACUACAUAUCUCCCCAGGCACAAAAUUAUGGGGACACACAUCAUCCGUUAGCUCGGCGGAAAUCACCGCUCGAGGCAAAGCUGUCAGCGUCAGUACACGUGGAAACGAACUACGAGUGUGGGAACUCGAAGGCGGACUACCUAGCACGGUAUAUUCUUCUCAGGCGCCUUCCAAAGGUAGGAAGAUGGUUAAAAAGCUGAGAGGUGAAAUUGCCGCAGGGGAGAGAAGUGUCAAGAUCAGACAUCCUCCUACUACGACUACCACCGUGGAAGACGGUGGUGUGAAACAACACAGACAGGAUAUAGAGGAUAUGGACAUUAUGGCCCGCAGACGCUGGGUUGGUUUCGAUGAUGAGGUUGUUAUCGUGCUUAAGGAGUCGGAAGAGGGGACGCAGGCGUUGGUGGUUUAUGACUUUACGUAG